GCGACGUCUAUGAAGCAACACACGCGAAACACAUUAAAGCCACCAACCACUGUGCAUGAAAACCUGUCUCGGGAACCGACAGUACACCUCCAAUUUAUCGCUGUGGGUUCCGGUUGAGAGAAUCCAAACAAAUUUUGCCUCCGAUUGUGGGCUUUUGUGACACCCUCGUCGUUCCAUCUCCUCCCGUUCCUCAUCUUCUCCCCGCCAUCCUCCUCCACCUUCACAGACGAAACCAUGGCCAGUAACCCGGAGACCCCCACCCCUAGCCUCACCAAGGUAGAGAACGAGCCGGAGGAUGCUCGCGCCGACGUCACGGCCGCUGUCGAGGAGCUCUUGAACACGCUGUCCAACAAGUUUGCUGGCGUCUCUUCCGAGAUAUUCGCCAAGAUGGAUGACAUGUCCGAGAGACUUGAUAAAUUAGAGGCUGCUCUAAAAGAGAACCAAGCCAAGGACGGAGGCCCUUCAAAGUAACGAUAGCAAGAUGAUAUAUUCCAAUAAUUGGAGGUUGCAAGGCGUUCAGGGCUAUCCUUUAAAAUUAUGACGAGACAUCGCGGGGUUGGGUUGCUGGCUCGGCUAGGAUGCGUCUCAAGUCAUGGCAAGGGCGAAACCCAAGAAUCCAGUAUAUAUUCAUUUACUGAUGUCCACCUUCACUAGAU